CAUGAAAGCAGCAUGUAAGGAGGCUUUGUUUUGUUUUGGAGUCUGAAUCACAUAUGAACUCCGCUCGGAGCCGGUAGUACUUAUAGAGUGAGAUAUUUAUCGACUGACUGAUAAUACUCCAAAUGCUAUCAUCUCCUCCAUCUCCCAUCAGAGUUCCAUUGUCCAUCUCCACCGUCACCAAUGCAUUCGUAAAACUACGACGCAGCACGUCAAAGGCUGAAACCAUUGAUUCGACUUCCGGCGAGCCGCAGACUCACCCCUUACUGCAAGGAGAGGGUGCUACAUCCAAACGCAAAGUCCCGCUGGUGCAGAGCGAUUUAUUCUCUUGCAGGGAUGCAGUGGAUGUUAAAAAGCUGCUGAGGGGGUCGAGAGCAAGCUUGCUCGAGAGAGCAGAGUUUAUGGGUGCAAAUGUAUUGGUAGAUGAAAGCUGGGAGUGUUCGAUCCGUGUCCCCAGGGACAAACGACAGGGAUAUUUCAAAGUCCAGAUCCGCUACUGCGCCUCCGCUUCCCGGUCGUCCCUCUCAGAUCCUCAAAAACCAGUUGCCUUGGAUCGGGUCCAAAAUGUAUCAGGACUUAUGACUAUCGUGGACCGCGAGGAACUGUCUCCAUAGAAGCGCAACGUCUCCGUCUGGACUCUUAUGAUAAUCGUCCUUACCCUCAUUUCCUGCAGACGUUUUCGCUACUAUAACCGCAUCACCGCAAUUGUACUCUAACAAUCAUCUGGCAUUGUAUUCAUUUCGUUUGUCUCCAUUUCACGCAUUUUCAUCAUGCUUCCACAUCCGCGACUUUUACA